AUGGCACCGUUCGAAGCCUUGUAUGGACGGAAAUGUAGGACUCCGGUGUGCUGGCUCGAAGCAGGUGAGAAACAAUUCGUCGAUCCUGAAAUUGUGCAAGAAACCACCGACAAAGUGAAAGGCAUUCGUGAACGUUUGAAAGCGGCUCAGGACCUACAAAAGAGCUACGCUGAUAAGAAAAGAAGGCCUAUAGAAUUCCAAGUGCGUGAUGGUGUGAUGUUGAAAGUGUCCCCUUGGAAGGGUAUCAUUCCUUUCGAGAAGCAUGGGAGGCUUAGUUCCCGUUUCCUUGGACCGUUCAAAAUUUUGGCAAGGGUGGGAUUCCAAGAUUAUCGAUUAGAAUUACAGCCCGAAAUGGACGGAAUUCACAACACCUUCCAUGUAUGUCACCUAUGUAAGUGCUUGGCGGAAGAGGAAAGCAUGAUACCACUUUCGGAGAUUCGAGUGGAUGAUAAUAACCGAUGCGUACAGGAACCGGAAGCAAUCCUCGAAAAGAAGUCCAAAAUGUUGCGUCAUAAAAAGAUUCUCAAGGUCAAAGUACAGUGGAAACAUGAGUGA